UCUUCCUGCCGGGCGGUCCUCUCCCCUCCUCAGCCCGCUCCCUCCGCCCCGCUCCCUCCGCCCUCCCUGGGCUUCGGCAGCGGCGGCGGCGGAGUGAACGGGACGGGCCCGCCCGACCGCAGAGCUCUGGGCGGCGGGUGGGACUCGGACGCCUGACAGAGUUGUUGUUCCGGCAGCGGCCGCGGAGACGUGAGUUUUGCCAGGUGGAUGUGGGAAGAGAAGUUUGCAGAACUGAAAUGGAGGUCAGAGCUUCAUUACAGAAGGUUAGUGGGUCAUCUGAUUCUGUGGCCACAGAGAACAGUGAAGAAUUUGUUUUGGUUCCUCAGCACACAGAUGAUACUUCUACAAAGGAUGACGGAAAGCCGCAGCUGAAGAUAGCUUCCAAUGGUGAUGAACAGUUGGAAAAAGCCAUGGAAGAGAUUUUGAGAGAUUCUGAGAAAGGACAAAGCAGCCUACUUGUUGAUUGUCAGGGUUCCAAUGAUAUUUCAGACUACUCCUUUGGAGAUGUUCCAGCCAGCCAAACAAAUAAGCCAUCUCUUCAGUUAAUUUUGGAUCCAUCAAACACAGAAAUUUCCAAACCCAGACCGUCUUCUCCAAGUGGACUUUCUGAAGAAGACAGUGUUCUAUUUAACAAAUUGACUUACUUAGGAUGUAUGAAGGUUUCUUCCCCACGUAGCGAAGUAGAGGCUUUACGAGCAAUGGCAACCAUGAAAGCCUCCAGUCAGUACCCCUUUGCUGUUACACUGUAUGUGCCCAAUGUUCCAGAAGGUUCUGUGAGAAUUAUAGACCAGUCAAGCAGUGUGGAGAUAGCAUCCUUCCCAAUUUAUAAGGUGUUAUUCUGUGCACGUGGGCAUGAUGGGACAACAGAGAGCAAUUGCUUUGCAUUUACAGAGAGUUCUCAUGGUUCAGAAGAAUUUCAGAUACAUGUUUUCUCCUGUGAAAUUAAAGAGGCAGUAAGCAGAAUUUUAUAUAGUUUCUGUACUGCAUUCAAACGUUCUUCCAGACAAGUGGCUGAUGUUAAAGAUUCAAUCAUCCCAACCCCGGACAGUGAUGUGUUUACCUUUAGUGUCUCCUUGGAGGUCAAAGAAGAUGAUGGAAAAGGAAACUUUAGUCCUGUGCCUAAGGAUAGAGAUAAAUUUUAUUUCAAAAUAAAGCAAGGAAUAGAGAAGAAGGUUGUGAUUACAGUUCAGCAACUUUCUAACAAAGAAUUAGCUAUUGAGAGAUGUUUUGGAAUGUUAUUAAGCCCAGGUCGAAACGUGAAGAACAGUGACAUGCAUUUACUGGAUAUGGAAUCCAUGGGAAAGAGCUAUGAUGGCAGAGCGUAUGUCAUCACAGGCAUGUGGAACCCCAAUGCACCAAUAUUUCUGGCACUCAAUGAAGAAACCCCAAAAGAUAAGCGGGUGUACAUGACUGUGGCAGUGGACAUGGUGGUCACAGAGGUGGUGGAGCCAGUCCGCUUUCUCCUGGAGACAGUGGUUCGUGUGUACCCUGCAAAUGAAAGAUUUUGGUACUUCAGCAGAAAGACUUUUACAGAGACUUUCUUCAUGAGGUUGAAGCAGUCUGAGGGAAAAGGCCAUAGCAGUACUGGAGAUGCAAUAUAUGAAGUGGUGAGUCUGCAGAGAGAGUCUGACAAGGAAGAGCCAGUUACUCCUACUAGUGGAGGGGGGCCAAUGUCACCCCAGGAGGAUGAAGCGGAAGAGGAGAGUGAUAACGAACUCUCAAGUGGAACAGGUGAUGUGUCAAAAGACUGUCCUGAGAAGAUCCUCUAUUCUUGGGGAGAAUUGUUAGGAAGAUGGCACAAUAAUCUUGGUGGCCGACCAAAAGGGCUAUUCACUUUGGUAAAGAGUGGUGUUCCUGAGGCAUUAAGGGCAGAAGUAUGGCAGCUUUUAGCAGGAUGCCAUGACAACCAGGCAAUGCUGGAUAGAUACCGAAUUCUUAUCACAAAGGACUCUGCACAGGAGAGUGUUAUUACUCGAGAUAUUCAUCGUACAUUUCCUGCACAUGAUUACUUUAAAGACACUGGAGGAGACGGACAGGAAUCCCUCUACAAGAUCUGCAAGGCCUACUCUGUGCAUGAUGAAGACAUUGGGUACUGUCAAGGACAGUCUUUUCUUGCUGCUGUAUUGCUCUUGCAUAUGCCAGAGGAGCAAGCAUUCUGUGUUUUGGUGAAAAUCAUGCAUGACUAUAAAUUGCGAGACCUGUACAAAAACAAUUUUGAAGAUCUUCAUUGCAAAUUCUAUCAACUUGAGAAACUAAUGCAGGAACAGCUGCCGGACCUGUACAACCAUUUUUGUGAUCUGAACCUAGAAGCUCAUAUGUACGCGUCCCAGUGGUUCCUCACUCUUUUUACUGCCAAGUUUCCUCUCUGCAUGGUGUUCCACAUCAUUGACCUACUGCUGUGUGAGGGUUUGAACAUAAUCUUUCAUGUAGCCUUGGCUCUCCUAAAGACCUCAAAGGAAGACCUCCUGCAGGCUGAUUUCGAAGGUGCUUUGAAGUUCUUCAGAGUUCAGCUUCCAAAAAGAUACCGGGCAGAAGAGAAUGCAAGAAGAUUGAUGGAGCAGGCUUGCAAUAUUAAAGUACCAACCAAAAAGCUGAAGAAAUAUGAAAAAGAAUAUCAGGCAAUGCGGGAGAAUCAGCUGCAACAGGAAGACCCAAUGGAUAGAUACAAGAGGGAGAACCGAAGAUUACAGGAAGCCAGCAUGAGGCUGGAACAAGAGAAUGAUGACCUUGCCCAUGAACUAGUGACAAGCAAAAUUGCUCUUCGGAAUGACUUGGAUCAGGCAGAGGACAAGGCUGACGUGCUGAACAAGGAGCUCCUCUUGACCAAGCAGAGGUUGGUGGAGACUGAGGAAGAGAAGAGGAAGCAAGAGGAGGAGACUGCCCAGCUAAAAGAAGUCUUCAGGAAACAGCUAGAAAAGGCAGAAUAUGAGAUAAAGAAGACUACAGCUAUCAUUGCUGAGUAUAAACAGAUAUGUUCUCAGUUAAGUACCAGGCUGGAAAAACAGCAAGCAGCCAGCAAGGAGGAGCUGGAAGCAGUAAAGGGUAAGAUGAUGGCGUGCAAACACUGCAGUGACAUUUUCAGCAAGGAAGGAGCUUUAAAGCCAGCAGCCGUAAGUAGAGAGGACCAGGGAAUUGAAGCCGAUGACGAGAAGGAUUCACUGAGGAAGCAGCUGAGGGAGAUGGAGCUGGAGCUGGCACAGACCAAACUGCAGCUGGUGGAGGCCAAGUGCAAGAUUCAGGAACUUGAGCAUCAGAGAGGCGCACUUAUGAAUGAAAUACAAGCUGCAAAAAACUCUUGGUUUAGUAAAACCCUGAACUCUAUCAAAACAGCCACAGGCACUCAGCCACUACAGCCACCACCGGCUCCCCAGCCACCCAAGGAGAGCACAUAGCUCCACCGCCGCCGCCGCCGCAGCCAGUCACAAGAGCACAGUGAUCAAAACAGAAACCAAGAAUCCUCCCUGCUGUCCCCUUGAAGGAAAGGAAAGGAGACCAGAAAGCAAGUUAGAACCUUUAGUAGCUCUGCCUUUCGUGUAUGCCAUUUUCAAAGGGAUGAUAUUUAAACUGACCUGAUUUAUGUUGCAUAUCUGUUUCCCAGCUUCUUCAUGGAAAGCCACAUUCAGAUCCAUCAUAGUGUUACACACUGUUUUAUAGGCCUGAAAUUUAGUUGGAAAUAAGUAACCUAGAACUAAAUGCUUUUGUUUAGAAUUAUUUAUUCAUAAUCAUUUUUUUAUCUCACAUAAAAAUGGAGACAUGCUUUUCCAAGGUUAAAAUGGUAAGACCUUUGUCAUGGAAUUCUGUUUUUAAAGGAAAAUUAACCCUCUUUAACUUUCCAGAAUUAUUUAGAUAAAGCACACUGUGGGGCCGCACAUACCCACUGACAGGUUUCACAUUGAAAGUGACUUCCAGAGUAGUGCUACUCCUGUCCCAAGAAAACAGACCAGGAGUUGGCUUGAAAGUUCCCCCCAAAUUCUUUUGAGUUGGCUACAUUUGGAAAUGGAGUGCCAAGAGCUGUGGAGUAGCUGGGCUACUGCACUCUAGGUAAAUAGAGACUUCCAGUAAAUGUGCAAUCAAGUCGUUUGGUCAGGCAUUCUAGCAGAUUCUUUGAAGGACUCCACAUGGGGCUCAUUCUCCUGAUGUGCCUUUGUGUGAACACAGAGGUGACUUGUGGCAAAUGCAGCCUCAAAGAUGGAUAUUUUCAGUGGCCGACUUGGGGACCCUCACUGGAGAAGUCUAAAAAGGUCCGUGUUCAGGCACUGUAGUUUUGAGUGGAACAGGAUGAUUUAGUGGAUGCUGACACACUAGUUAAGGCAAACACUGAUGUUCCGUACUUUACUAAAGGCUGUGAUAUUGCCAAGGAAGUUGAAGAGAGCUUCCUAGCACCUUAGUGUUAGGAAACUUUCCUAACUUCUCCCUAACCCCGAAACAGUGCCCUACACACCUGGGAAUAAAGAAAAACAAGGGCAUUUUUCACAUUUUUGAUUGACUAAACCUUUAUAGAACUACUUAACUCAUGGAAAGGUAAGGUUACUGUUUAAAAAAAUUGGUGCAAAUAUUUUUUCAAUUAUAUUUGACAUGCCUGUAUAAAUAGCCCUUACAAGAAAUUCUUUGGUAACAACAAAACUAAUUUUUCCAUUUCUAAGCUACUAUAGAAGUCUCUGGUCCCUUUACAGCAUCCAAACUACUGUCAGUCAUGUAUAGUAACAUUUCUUCAUAUUCAUCUUAGGCUUCAUUGUUAAGCAUACUGUUUCCAAAGUAUCUCAGACUAUUUAGUCCAGAGGGCUCUCCUCUGUGCCAUAUGUUGUAACUGUAAUAACACACUCUAGAGGUAAGCCUCAGCAGAGCCCUCCCACCCCCAACUUCAAGUUGCUCAUGAUAGAGCCUUUCCUCUAAAAUCAUUUUUGAGUUCUAGUAUGUGAAAUUUCUUUAAUCUCUAAAUGUCUCUAUUAUCUACAGGCCAUAAAACUAAUAUGGUUGUUUGAUAUGUUACACUUAUCAAACAAUACCUCCCAUAUAGAAGUUUCUGUUUUUUCUGGUGUCUUUCAUCAGAAGAUUCACUUCUUUUUACCAAAAGACAAUAACCCAGAACUCCAGAUGUCUCUGUUGAUUUAACAUUCCCUGAAUCUCUGAUAAGCUAUUUUUUCUAUUAAAUAUAAUGGCUAGAAUAUUACAUCAUUUCUGUCAGUCAUUUAGUGCAGCCAAUUAACUUUAUUGGUCCUGGGCACUUGGACUCCAGAAAGCCCUGGACAAGUCACUUUUUCAAAUGGCCAGCUAAAUUAAGGUGCAUUUCUGUGAACUUCUAAUACCAUUUCCAGCUCUUUCUAACUUCUGAAAAUAAAUACAUUCCACAGAAUACCGAAGUUGAAUAAUUUUCAUAAGUGGUAAAUGAGGGAAACAAAAUGGCUCUUGAUCAAGUAUCUGUUCAGACUCAUGGCCCCUUUUUCUCUUUAAACAAAAUCACCAGGACCAUAUAUUUUAAGAGUUAAAUAUAUCUUUUGAGUUUUCAUCUAGCUCUUAUAAAAGACAUAAUGGCAAUACAUAAUCUCUUUUGUUCUCUGGUAUCAUAUGAUACUUGGGCAUGUAUAUUGGUAUUUUGGUAUUAUGUUUAAACUUCCCUGCAUUAUACCAUCUUUUCAAGAGAUAAUAUGUGAUUUCUUGUUCACUAUUUCACUAUAGCAAUGCCUCAAGCCAUACAUUCCUCACUAUUGCUUGAGAACUCCAGAAUGCCAACAUAAAGCAACUACUCAUCAGUUUCACUUACUACUUUAUAUAUAUAUUUGAGAAUUGAAACUUUUUUUUCUUGAAACAGGUUCUACUUAUGUAGUCUAGGCUAGCCUUGAACUUAGAACCUUCCUACUUCAGCCUUCCAAGUGCUGAGAUUAUAGGUAGGCACCACAAUAGCUAAAAUUACUCUCUUGAAUUCCUUAUAGAAAAAAGAUAAACCAUCCAAGUAUCCAAGAUAUUUUUCAAACAUGGUACUUUCUUUCAUCCUUUCCUAAGAUUUACAUGAUAGUAAACACUCCUCUAAAAUGCUAUUAUUUGUAGCAUCUGGGAAGUGAUCAUUUCUCUUUUCAUUGAGUUCUAUAGAAUAAAUGAAGAUUCAACUCAUUCAUUGGCUUUUAUAACUUAGUCUCAUUUAGUAUAUUCUCAAAAGACACCAUGCUGGAUUUUGGAGUGCCUAUGUUUGGUACACAUCCUGAGCCAAGUCACAGUGGUUAUUUUUAGUACAUAUAAUUUAAUGUAAAGAAAUUCUUGGUUUCCUGCACUUCAGUAUAGGAGUUCCUAUCAGAAACAGUAAUGGGAAUGCCAAUAAGCCUGUACCCUGGAUUUUCAUGAAGUAUCUGCUGUCCCCUCACCAUCUGUUAAAUUAGUCAUUUCUUUUCCUUUGGCUUUCUAGAAUGUACCUGAUAGAGUUAAAAAGACCCUUUGUAAUGAUGAUGAGAGUUUAGUUUUUGUUUCAUUUGCUUUAAAAAUGUUCACCGUUUCCUACAUUAUAUAUUUAUUUUUCUCCAGCUCCUACUCUGUUUCAGCUAUUUUCCAGUUAGUAGCUAGUGGUUUCAUUUCUUAGUUAAAGUAAGAAAACUGAAACAAUAUACAGGUCAGAGGGCACAGCAGAUAAAAAAUGAUUCCUUUACAUUUGUAGUCUCUUAGGUUAGGUCUCAGUGUUGGUUGUGGUGGUACAUACCCACAAUCCCUGCACUCAGGAGGCUGAGGCACAGGCGUACCUGUGAGGUCAAGGCAAGCAUGGGGCUACACAGUGAGUGCCAAGCUAGCCAGGAUUACAUAGCCAGGCCCUGUUUCAAACAACACACAAAAGAUCAAAUGUGCAGCUAAUAUCAGGACUGAGCUUUGCUGUGCCUCAAGGAAAAUGACUCUGCUAAUGAAUUCACCGACCCUGUGCAUCCAACACUAAGGUAGUUGUCUGUAUUUUAGGACUCCUAUAAGUGGACAGAAAGGAAAUUUUAAAAAGACUUAGUUUUCUCUUCUAAGAAUGACACUAAAAAAUGAUUGUAUUACAUAACUUAUUCUUUAUAAUAUUCUACAAUAGAUGAUUCUCUUCUCUUGCUUUAAUAUCUAGUAAAUGAGAUAAUGAACAAUUCUGUUGUAUGGUUUGAAUAUUUGGAGAUGCGUUUGCAUGUGUGCACAAUGAGUGUGUGUGUGUGUGUGUGUGUGUGUGUGUGUGGUGAAAUUUUAUAGGGUAUCCCUUUUUCUUUUGUUUACCUAGAUACAUUGCAACCAAAUGCACAUUAGAUUUCAAGACACAGUGAUCAAAACUGGAAGCCCAGACAGCAGCUCUGUGGCCUGUUUCCAAUGACCAAGCAUAAAAUUCUGUUGGUCUUUGUGCUGAGGGUCACACUGAGCAUUCUUUCUUCCCUAUGGUGGCUUAUAUGUAAUACAUGCAAGGCACUUUAUGUUAUCUAUUUCCUUAACUUUCAAAUCUGUAAAAAAUGAGGACCCCCAUUUGGACUAUACCUCAACAGGUGACGCUGAUCUUGAAUUAUAAGAAAAGUAGAUGCUUGUUCAAGUGACGAGUCAGCUAUCUGUGUAUCAUUCUCAAUUUCCUCUUAAACAAACAAAACCCUACAGCUUGAGCUUACCUCCAGUAAAACACACCACCUGCUAUAAAACAGUCUCUAUCAAUAUGUCCCCCUCAUUCUGUCCUCACCUCUGGUUUAUCAUUAACUGUAUUUGAAAAGUUUGAGAAAAAUGAAUCACUGAAAAGAAAAUGAACAUUAUUUUUAUUGGCAAUUGAUAAACAUAUGACUUUCCACUAAACUACAACUCUGAAUAACUAUAUUACAUAUAGAAAAAGAUCAAAGAAACUGAUUUAUGAGACUAUAAAUGCAUCAAAAGACUAAUGUCAUGAAAGCACAAGAAUAAAGCUGGAGAUGAUCCCAGAAUCCAAGAUGUCCCAAUAGCCUUCUACAUUGGUUUCACUAUUCUUGGCAUUUUGCAUAAUGCAUGGAUUCUUAGUUCAAAUUAGGGAAAAGGUUUUUGUCAGCCCCAUUCCUUUCUUUCCAACUCCUACCUUUGCCUUACUGAGGAGGUAGUACAAACCUUAUGCUGUCUGUCUUUGUGAGACAUGGUUUUCCCCAGCAUCUACAGUGAAAACAGGUUAGAAUAAAGGAGUUGAUUAGUCUGGGAGUGCUAAUUGACUAUAAAACCAACAUUAGCCAUCAAUCUCUUCCUCUAUAAACACUGACCAAUUAGUUGUUUCCAUAAUGCCAUGUAUUAUGUAUAGUACACUCUAUUAAUGUAAAUGUGAUGCUUGUUAAGAAAGUGCAAUUUAUUGUACAUUGUCUCAAUAAAUGUUUACUUUUAUAAUCGUUAUGAACUUGAAGUGGAUUGGUAUCUUGUGUAGAUGUGUGAAUGAAACCUUGUGAAUAAACUAAUGUGACCAAGAAGGUAACCAGGUGGCUGUUUUUGUGAGCCAGUGAUGUUUUCAAUGCUUUGUGUUGCCCCUUCGGUCCCAUUAAACAGUAAUAAACAUUUGUUUUAAAGUC